AUGGCUGAUGAAAGUAAUGUGAUCAAAGAAGAAGUGAAGGAUGAGCAAGAUAUACUUCGUAGGGUCUUUAAUAUUCUGCGUGAAAAUAGUCCGGAGCAUGUUGGAUUUUCGCUUCUUACAGUUAUAAUGCCACCACAAGUUCUUCUUGAAGGGACAAAGAAGACAAUCUUUGUCAAUUUUAUGGACUAUUGCAAGACGAUGCGUCGACAACCAGCUCAUGUUAGGGCUUUCUUACUUGCUGAGUUGGGUACUACUAGUGAUACACCUGAUGCGCAGCAAAGGUUGGUUGUUAGGGGGAGAUUUACAUCCAAGAACUUUGAAGGGCUUUUACGGCGAUAUGUCUGUGGAUACGUCAUGUGCUUUGAUUGCAAAAGCACAAACACAACUUUCUCCAGGGAGGUUCGUCUCUUCUUUGUGAGAUGUGAACAGGUAAAAAACCUCUACCCAAUUAGUUUCUCUUGCCUUGGACACAUUUCUGUUUAUGGUUUCUGCCUAACUGAAUAUAUAAGAAAACCGCUUCUCAUAGCUACGUCCCCUCUAUGAUUUCAUGAUGGAGAAAUGGUCCUGAAUAGGUGUUGCUCUUCAACACCUAUUCAAGAUUUUGCCUAGAUUAUAUUUUCUGAUUAAUAUAUAUUGCGCAGUUAGAGUGAUACAAAACUAAUUUGGAGGCCUACUUUAUUGCAUCAUCUUAAUGUGAUGCUGAUAUCAUUGCCUACGCUGUCUUACAAAAAGCUGCUUUGGUUGAGCAAGAGAAUCAGUAAUUAACGUCUGAAUACUAAUCAAGAAUUAUCCAGUGCCUAUCUAUAUAUUGCUAUUCUAAAAUCUCUGUGCCUAUCUAUAUAUAUCUACAAAUAUGAACUG